AUGGGGCGCGGGGGCGGCCGCCCGCUGCGAGCUGCCAUGGCCGAGCCCGCCGAGGAGGACGAGCUGCCGGUGCCCGAAUCAGGUGCUGUUUUCACAUUUGGAAAAAGCAGAUUUGCAGAAGAUAUUCCUAGCAAGUUCUGGUUCAAAAAUGACAAGCCUGUACUUAUAUCAUGUGGAGAUGAACAUACCGCUAUUGUUACAGGGAAUGGUAAACUAUACAUGUUCGGCAGUAACAACUGGGGCCAAUUAGGACUAGGAUCAAAGAACACUGUCAGCAAACCAACAUGUGUUAAAGCUUUAAAACCAGAAAAAACAAAACUUGCUGUUUGUGGAAGAAACCACACUUUAGUUUACACAGAAAAAGGAAAUGUGUAUGCUGCUGGAGGUAACAGUGAAGGUCAGUUGGGAUUAGGUGACACAGAGGAAAGAACCACAUUUCAUUUAAUUAGUUUUUUUACCAACCAGCACAAGAUCAAACAGCUAGCAGCUGGAUCAUACACCUCAGCAGCAGUAACUGAGGAUGGGCAGCUUUUUGUGUGGGGUGACAAUUCAGAAGGUCAGAUUGGCUUGGCUGAUGAAGCCUGUGUCAGUGUCCCUUGUCAAGUGGAUGUUGGAAAACCUGUUUCCUCUGUAUCCUGUGGAUAUUAUCACUCUGCCUUGAUAACAGGAGAUGGUGAGCUCUAUACUUUUGGAGAACCUGAGAAUGGGAAAUUGGGAUUAUUGCCUGAACAGCUGAAGAACAAUAGAGUCCCACAACCUGUACUGGGAAUUAUGGAAAAGGUUAAUAAGGUUGCUUGUGGUGGAGAACACACAGUGGUGCUAACAGAGACAGAUGUAUAUACUUUUGGACUUGGACAAUACGGGCAGCUGGGACAUGGUACUUUUAUUUUUGAAACUUCAGUACCGAAGUCUGUGAAACACUUGAGGAGGCAUAAAAUAUGUAACAUUACAUGUGGGGAAAAUCAUACUGCUGUAAUAGCAGAGAAUGGCCUCAUGUUUACUUUUGGAGAUGGGCGACACGGCAAGUUAGGCCUUGGAGAAGAGAAUUUUACGAAUCAGUUUGAUCCCACUCUGUGUUAUAAUUUCUUGAGGUUCACAGUCCUUUUGGUUGCUUGUGGUGGUUGUCACAUGCUAGUUUUUGCUGCUCCAAGACCUGAAGGAUCUGAAGAAGUACUCUUAGAAGAUUUAUAUGAGAGCCAUUUGACUGCUACUAUCUCUAAAAUGAGUGGAGACUCACUACUAACAAACACCUUACAACUAACAUCAGCACGAAUGCGACGUCGAGAGAGGGAAAAGUCACCAGAACAGUUUAUUCGAAUGGCACGAACUCUGCCUCCACUGGGAGAAAGCUGCUUAAAAUCUUCACUGCCUGUGACUAGCAACACUAGCCCACUCUGUUUUUCUGCCAUAAGUCUUCCUAAAGCUGAACCUAUGAAGGACAGAGACCAUGAAAAAGAAAAGAAUCAUCAAAAAGAUAAACGUGGUGAAAGCUCUGCAGAAGAAGAUUCAGAUAAUGAAAAUAAUGACAGAAACCUUGGAGAUACAACUGACAUCCUAAAUAUGACACAUGCAAUGAAAUUGAAUCCCAGUGAUCAGUCCUUAAAAUUAUCACCACUCCAAAAACAAAAGAAAGAGCAUAACAGUGAGUGCAUCAGAAGAUUUCCCAAGGGGAAAUGGAGGAAGAAGAACAAUAAAAAUGUGAAACUGAAAAGAGAUGGUAAGGGUGGGCUGAAAAACAAGGGUUCUGAUUUCAUGAAGGAGGGCUCAAAAUUAGACUCUGGCUCUUUACAAAAGCAGUCUUCACUUUCAGAGUCACCGGGACAAGAUUUAGAAAGAAGUAGUGCCUUUGUAGGGAAGCCUGUGGCCAAAAAAAAUACAAUGAAAGGUAAAUCUGAGCAUGCACAAAGUGUUAAUACUUUGAAAAGUGGUGUUCAACAAAUUACUAGGGACAAACGCAGAUUAGUGAAAAGGGAAAAAGAAUAUGCGGAAAAUCCUGAAUUUGCCAGAGAGGAUGUAACUUACAGGCUUCCCACUGAAAAACAAAUUCUGAUUGAAAAAACAAAUUCUUCCAAUAAAAAGUCAAAAGCUGUUAAAUCUAAGCAAUCUCUUAAAAUAGAUGUACUUCCGUCUGCAUCCAGGGAUCGGCCCCAGGCUGAUUCAUUAAUUGUACAAAAAUACAAUCCUGUUAAAAAGCCAGGAAGUCAAGAAGCAAUAGAAAGUGGAAACAAAAUAAAGGAUGUUGUUGAAAAAUCUGAUAAAUGUGAAAGAAUAUGCGUCAGAGGAGAAGGUGGUAGUGAAGAGCAGAGAGGGUUUAAAAAAAAGGAUCAAUUUUUGAAACAAACAGCUGUAACUAUGUCAUCAUCUUCAACUGAGGAAAGUAGUAAUGAUCUUGCAAAAUACAUACUUAAGGGUAGGGAAAAAGAAGAGGACUGCUAUGAAGGCAGAGAGGUCCAGAAGGCAAUGAAAACAGUAGAAAAAGUGAAAGAUCUGGACUUAGAAAAAGACGACAGUGAGAUUGAGGAGAUGCAAGCUACAAACAAUGAGAAAGAAUAUGUAGAACAGACUGAUAUAAAAAGCCUGAAUGAAGAAGAAACAAACUCUGAAGCUAAAUCUGAUGAAGACAGACAGUUAGAAAUUAAGAAUGAGGAGGAAUCUAAUAAAGAGCAGGAGAGUGAAGGCAGUGAAAAGUGUGAAAGUGAAAAAGAAAAACUAGAUGAAACAGUUGACAGUGAAGGUGAACUAGGGGAGGAAGAAGAAGAGAGUGAGGUUAAAAAAGAUAGAGAUGAAGUUUCAGUAGAAAGAGAUGAAGAUGAAGAGAAAAAAGAUAAUGAAGAAAAAGAAAGAGAGGAAUCACAGGCUGAAAGAGACAGUGAGAAUGAGGAUGCAGAAGAGGUUGAAGAGAUUAAUCAGGAAGAUGGCAAAGAGCAAGGAGAUGAGGAAGGCGGGUUGAUGGAGGAAGAAGAAAUGCUGAGUGAGGGAGAAAAGGAGGAUAUGGAGGAGGAGGAGGAGUAUGCAAAAGAGGAAGACACUGAAAAAGAAAAGGAGGAACAGGCUAAAAGUGAAGGAAGAGAUGAGAGUGAGGAAGCAGGUGAAGAUAGAGAGGGGGAGGAAGAAAAAGAGGUAAAGGCAGAAGAGGAAGGAGAAGAUGAAAAGGAAAAUGAAGAAGAAAACAAAGAAAGGGAGAAUGAAAAAGACAAAGAGGGUGAAGAGGAGGAGUCAGAAGAAUCAUUGGCAGGGAGGGAUGAAGAAGAGGUAUCCCAAGAAGAACAGGAAGAGGAAGAUGCAAGUAGGAGGACUAAGGAGGUGGGGGAGGAUGGAGUGGAAGAAGAAGGAGAAGAGAGGGAGGAUGAAGUGGAAGAGGAAAGAGAAGAUGAGGAAGAGGAAGAGGAAGGAGCAGAGGCAGAAGCAGAAGGGGAGGAGGGGGAAGAAGAUGAAAACAGGGAAGAAGAGGAGUGGGAAAAUGAAGAAGAGGAAGGGGAAGAAGAAGGAGAAGAGGUGGAAGAAGAUGAGGGAGUAGGGGAGGAAGGAGAAGAGGGAGAAGAGGGAGUUGAAGAUGAUGAGGGAGAAGAGGGAGUGGAAGAAGAAGAGGGAGAGGAGGAAAAAGAGGAAGAGGAGGAAGAGGGAGAAGAGGAAGAGGGAGGGGAGGAACAAGAAGGGGAAGAGGGAGAGGGGGAAGAAGGGGAAGAGGGAGAAGAGGAAGAAGAAGGGGAAGAGGGAGAAGAGGAAGAAGAAGGGGAAGAGGGAGAGGGGGAAGAAGGAGAAGAGGAGGAAGGGGAUGUGGGAGAGGAGGAAGAAGAGGAUGAGGGAGAGGAGGAAGGAGAGGAAGAGGAAAAAGCAAAAGGUAAAAGAAAAAAUUAUAGUAAUAAGCUUCCACAAAAGAAAAGCAAAACCAGGAAGCCAGAGAAGACAGAAAGUACUGCGUUACCAAACAGCUCUAAACAAAAAAUGAAGUCCAAACAGCAUGUAGCAAAUGGUUUACAUAAUUCAGAACAAUUUUGGAACAAUGUGCUACCUCAUUAUUUAACACUGAAGUAGUAUAGACUACUGGAGAUACCUUUUAAGCCUAUUCAGGAAACUUUGGGACUA